CGUUAGUGGGAGUGAGACAAAGCUAUGCAAGUGGGAGUGAGACAAAGCUAUAACAUAAGUGUUAGUGAUCCGCUAUGCCCGGCUAUGCUACAAUUUCCAAGUACGAUAGUUGAAGAACAAAAUUACCUCGAUCGUUCGCUAUGCAAAAGUAUGACUAUUUCGCAAGCGAGUAAAAUUCACGUUACAAUAAAAUGCCUAGUUGUGCGGCGCAAGGUUGCUCAAAUUCCUGGAAAUCAGGUUACAAAAUGUGUUAUUUCCCAUUAAAAGAUACACAAAGAUGUGCAAUAUGGAUUCACAAUGUGAAUCGUACAAAUUGGAUCCCAACAAAACAUUCAACAUUAUGUCAGGUUCAUUUUGCUCCUGAAAUGUGGGAAAAACAUAGAGCAGAUGGCAGCUUGAAAUUAAAAAUGAAUGCCAUACCUACUUUAUUUGGUGAUACAGUUCCAAAAGAGCUAAUAAUUAACGAAAUUGAAAAUAAAGAUCAAUCAACGAAAGACUAUGUGCAAAGUGAGACGGUGCAUAUUGGAGAAAAUUCGUCCCAAAAUAAUGAACAUGAACCAAUGGAGUAUGAAAAUAAAGAUCAAUCAACGGAAGACUUUGUGCAAAGCGAGACGGUGCAUAUUGAAGAAAAUUCGUCCCAAAAUAAUGAACAUGAACCAAUGGAGUAUGAAGAUGUGAAUGAAAUUAUAAAUAUUGAAAGUAGCGAAGCAGAAAAUGGAAAAUCCGUGCAAUCAAAUAAAGUUUUGAAUUCGUGCACUAAUUGUUUACAAAAAGACAAAACAAUAGAAGAAAUGCGUAAACUUUUAACAAAAAUUGAUCGCUUACAUAAACAUGCAAAAGAAAAACUUCUCAAUGCAAAACGCAAUAUAAAACGUUUACAACAACGAACAGGUUCUUCCCAUAUACUUGCAACAAAGAUAAAGAAUAUGCUUAGCGAUACGCAACUAAAACUGUUAUCUGGCGAAUUUAUCAAAGUUCCAAAAUGGUGCAAUAAUACUAUACAAAAAGCACUAAAAAUAAGGUUUGCAUGUGGUAGCUCAGGUUAUGAGGAAGUGAUUCGUCAUUUUCCUUUACCUUCGCUACGAACAUUAAAUAGGAAAAUGCAAAAUAUACAGUUUGAUAGUGGUAUUUUGAAUGACAUUUUUGACUUUUUAAGUAUUAAAGUUUCUUCCUUCAAAAAUAGUUUAGAUAAUCAUUGCAUGCUAGUGCUAGAUGAAAUGAGCAUAACACCCAGUCAUGUAUUAGAUAUAUCAAAAAAUACGUACUUAGGUACUGCUACUUUACAAAAUUGUUCGGGUGAUAAGCAUAUCGCUAAUCAUGCUUUAGUUAUAAUGUUAGGAGGCAUUUCAAGUCGAUGGAAGCAAGUUGUCGCCUAUUAUUAUACCAGUGACUCAGUGGAUGGUACAAAAUUAAAACCUAUUGUCUGUGAUAUUAUAGAAAAAGCAGAAAAAAUAGGAUUACGCGUUCAUAGUAUUACUUCAGAUAUGGGAUCCGCAAAUAUGGCAUUAUGGAAAGCGUUUGGUUCUGCUCUACAAUUUCAUGCUGAAGAUACAAAUGAUCCAACUCUUAAAACAACUGCUUGGUUUAUACAGUUCAUUUCUAAAUGGUUUACGAUUAUGAGCGCAAGAACACCAAAACUAGCCUUAGGAAAACUUAAUGUAGAAAAAUUUGAAGAAACAAUGCAAUUUUUAAGAGAAGUUAUUCAAGUAGUUACAGGAAUGGAGGUCGGCAAAUCAAGGUCAUGGAAACCAUUUCAAACAGGUGUUAUAAUUUCUACCAUGUCCAUUAUACAAUUAACUAAUUACUUACUUGAUAAUGAGGGCUUCGAGUUCGUUCUCACGUCGCGAUUUAUGCAAGAUUGUUUGGAAAAU